GCAUGGGCCAGCGGGGCAGAGAGGCCGGCGCGCCCCAGGGUGCUGAAGCAGGGAGGCCGCUGGACCCCCCGCUCCCGGGACCCUCCUGCUCCCCGGCUAGAGGAAUCCUGAUACUCUGAUGGAUCUGAGGCCCUGCUCGCUGCUCCUGCUCUGGACUCUGGUGGUUGCCCUCACUCUCCUGGCCCAGGAGGUGCUGGUCCAGCAGAUUUACACCAACACCUGGGCUGUGCUCGUCCCUGCGGGGCCCCAGGAGGCUGACAGGCCAGGCAGGAAGCAUGGAUUCCUCAACCUGGGCCCGAUCUUUGGUGACUACUACCACUUUCGGCACAGCGGUGUGGUGAAGCGUUCCCUCUCGCCCCACCAGCCCUGGCACAGCCGUUUGGCCAGGGAGCCCCAGGUGCAGUGGCUGGGGGGGGAGGUGGCAAAGCGCAGGACCAAGCGAGACAUUUUCAUGGAGCCCACGGACCCCAAGUUCCCACAGCAGUGGUACCUGUACAACACCAACCAGCGGGACCUGAAUGUACGUCAGGCCUGGGAGCAGGGCUACACGGGCAAGGGCAUUGUGGUUUCCAUCCUGGAUGAUGGCAUCGAGAAGAACCACCCUGACCUGGAGGCCAACUACGAUCCGGGGGCCAGCUUUGAUGUCAAUGACCAGGACCCAGACCCACAGCCCCGCUACACACAGAUGAAUGACAACAGACACGGCACACGCUGCGCCGGGGAGGUUGCUGCUGUGGCAAACAACGGUAUCUGCGGUGUCGGCGUGGCGUACAACGCCAGGAUCGGAGGCGUGCGCAUGCUGGAUGGGGAGGUGACUGAUGCUGUGGAGGCCCAUUCCCUGGGCCUCAAUCCCAACCACAUCCACAUCUACAGUGCCAGCUGGGGCCCUGAGGAUGAUGGCAAGACGGUGGAUGGCCCGGCCCGGCUGGCAGAGGAGGCUUUCUUCCGUGGGGUCAACCAGGGCCGAGGGGGGCUGGGCUCCAUCUUCGUCUGGGCGUCUGGGAACGGGGGCCGCGAGCACGACAGCUGCAACUGUGACGGUUACACCAACAGCAUCUACACGCUGUCCAUCAGCAGCACCACACAGUACGGCAACGUGCCCUGGUACAGCGAGGCCUGCUCCUCCACCCUUGCCACCACCUACAGCAGCGGCAACCAGAAUGAGAAGCAAAUUGUGACAACUGACCUCAGGCAGAAGUGCACGGAAUCACACACGGGGACAUCGGCCUCGGCGCCCCUGGCUGCUGGUAUCAUCGCCCUCGCCCUGGAGGCCAACAAGAACCUGACCUGGCGGGACAUGCAGCACCUGGUGGUGCAGACAUCCAAGCCUGCUCACCUCAACGCCAACGACUGGGUCACCAAUGGUGUUGGCCGCAAAGUCAGCCACUCCUACGGCUACGGCCUGCUGGAUGCUGGCGCCAUGGUGAGCCUGGCCAAGAACUGGACCAUGGUGGGACCUCAGAGAAAGUGUGUCAUCGAUGUCCUCAUGGAACCAAAGGACAUCGGGAAGCGCCUGGAGGUGCGGCGGAAGGUGGACGCCUGCUUGGGAAAAGCCAACUACAUCAGCCGGUUGGAGCACGCACAGGCCAGGCUGACCCUGUCCUACAACCGGCGGGGGGACCUGGCCAUCCACCUCGUCAGCCCCAUGGGUACCCGCUCCACCCUCCUGGCUGCUAGGCCUCAUGACUUCUCAGCUGAUGGCUUCAAUGACUGGGCCUUCAUGACGACACACUCGUGGGAUGAGGACCCCUCUGGGGAGUGGGUGCUGGAGAUUGAGAACACCAGUGAUGCCAACAACUACGGCACGCUGACCAAGUUCACCCUCGUGCUGUACGGGACGGCCACCGACUCCCCCAGCCUCUCCAACCAGCUGGAGAGCAGCGGCUGCAAGACCCCGACCCCCAGCCAGACCUGCGUAGUCUGUGAGGAGGGCUACUACCUGCACCAGAAGAGCUGCCUGAAACGCUGCCCUCCCGGCUUCGCACCCGGCGUCCAGAGCACCCACUACAGCCUAGAGAACAGUGUGGAGCCCAUCACACCCCACCUCUGCCUGCCCUGCCACCCCUCCUGUGCCACCUGCACCGGGCCCGGCCCCAACCAGUGCCUGACCUGCCCGGCGCACUCCCACUUCAGCAGCCUGGACCUCUCCUGCUCCCACCAGACGCAGAGCAGCCGGGCAUCCCCUGCCCUGGCUGAUGGCGAGGGGCUGCCUGAGACCACCCCUUCAGCCAACCUGCCCGUCCUUAUCGCCAGCCUCAGCUGCGUCCUCAUCGUUGUCAUCUUCAUCACUGUCUUCCUGGUGCUGCAGGCACGCUCAGGCUUCAGCCUGCGGGGCGUGAAGGUCUAUGCCCUGGACAGUGGGAUCAUCUCCUACAAGGGGCUCCCCUCCGACAUCUGGCAGGAGGAGGCCCCCUCGGAGUCGGACGGUGAGGAGAACGAGGCCCGCAGCGAGAGGACUGCCUUCAUCAGAGACCAAAGUGCCCUUUGA